AUGACUAUCUACAUGUCACGGCUGUAUGGGAUGGUUCACAGCUGCAUGCCAUUCCAUCGGAUCAGUCAAUGGACUGGGGGAUUCUUUGAGGACACUUCCUUGACCAAGAUAGGGCUGGAAAUUUACCUCGGUCACCAGGGAAAGCCUUGCCCAGAAGUGACUGAUGAUUGGUACGACACAGAUAAUGAAGGAGACAAUUUUGCUGAAGGCUAUGCACUUGGUCCCAACAUGCAACUAUUUGAAAUCGGCCUCUUCCCAGCAUCUUUCACUUUGCCAAAGACAGUGUUCACAUUUGCAGUGUUGGACAACUUCCUGUUGGAUAACCUGGAAUGUGGAAUGUUGGCAAUGAACUACUAUAGCAAAUUAAGGCGAAUCACUUCAAGCGUAUUCCCGCAUCUGGUUCCAUGGAGACAGCUGAAGCAGCUCAAGUGGCAUGGGUUCGGCCAUGAGAAGCAAAAGCCAAAGUCAGGGGAGCUUGCACUGUUCUGUCCUGCAUGUCCGCAGCCCGGGGUAAACAUCAAUUUGGCAGAAAGGAAUGUGUCUGAUCCUGCAUGGCUAUAUUCGAGAUCCUUGGUGAUGGAUGGCAACUUCAAGGCCGAGCAUCUGUUUCCAGUGAAUCCAACCGAUGAGGUGGCAUUGACCGAUGGCCUUGGAUUUAUGGUCGGCGAUGGCCGAUACAAACUGCAUCUCGCUGAGGCACAGGAUAUUGUACAUCGGUCGGACUGCAACAACCACCGAGCUGUCAAUCAGGCGAACGCUUCACGUCACAAGCUUGAAGCAACUGGGAUUGGCGGUUGUGCAUGCGCUAGACAUGGGUGUUUUGUACCUCAUUCAAUGGUGGACUUUCAAAAGGGGGAAAGGCAGAUGAACAUGGAUUAUGCGCUGUGUCAAGCUCUGGGGUACAACACUGAUGGGAUUGACCGGGCAUUGGUGUUCUAUGACAUCAACUGUCAAUACCACAAGCAUCUCGACCAGCGGGUUGAGGAGUCGCCUUAUCUUGACCUUCCAUGGGGCAUGGAGGUAAUCCCUGGCAUCGGUCUCUGGCAUGUCCACGUCCAUCAAGACAAAUGCUACGUAUGGUAUGCAUCCAACUUCAUCACCGGUGCUGCCAGGAUCGACGGCAAAAUCAUGGAGACCCUGUGGGCACCCUUGAACAUCAUAUCACCGUCGGCGAGAGGAAUGUCCACCCCCCACCAAAAGGAGUGUUUGGAUUUUCAAAUGAAUGACUGUAAUUUUAUGAAGAUGAUAAGGAUGAGCAAAUUCCUUUGCCAAAAAUUCAAGGAGGCUGUGCAGGGAGUGCGAGACAGCCAACACGCAUUUGACCGAUUGAGUGAGACUGCCGAUCAUGAUACCCUUGUCAAAUGGGAAGCAGAGGCUGCCACCGCUCAGGAUGACCAACUCGAAAAUCCCAGCGCCAUGGAUAUAUAUGAAGUUAAAAUGACAAAAGCACCGACAAGGAAACAACAAGAGUUGCAUCUGUUGACCCGACAGGUGAGAUGGCCGGCCGGCGAGAUCCAUCAAGGUGCUGCAACAUGGCUGGCAUCUGGAAUAACACUGGAGGAGGCGCAAGUUGCACUCCUGAUUGAUGUGAAGAAACUUGGAAGGCGGCCAACCAAUGCUCAGAAGCUGGCGAUAGCUCGGCGCCGCGACAGAAUGCAAGGUCAAAUAGAUGAAUUCGUCAGGGUGGCAGUGACAUUUCUCGGCGAUCAACUGGAUGAAUAUGAUCAGUUGGACCUCAUGACCAUGAUGUUGGAUGCUGCAGAACUGGAUUCUGCUGGGUCAUCAUCUGACAAUCCUGAUCAGCUGGAUGACGAAGACCGAUAUGAUAUGCUGGUCAAGUUCACUCCCGAGACCCUGGUAAUUCCACUGCCCUCGAACAUAGGGAUUGAAAGAUGUGCUGAGUGGGGCGUCGCCGACCUGGUGCUCCAAGAAAUAUUAUUGAGAGAAGGUCAAGCCAAUGACGCAUUGCAUGCCAUCAGGGUUAACUUGGCCAACAAGGCUGUUCUCUUCCGCACCACGGUCCGGUUGGCAAAGUCACAAGCUCGGUCAACUCGUGCAUGGGCCCGGGUGCACUUGGUGGACAAGAUCCUUCACUUAAAUGUACAGAUAUACUCCAAAUGUGGCAGCCAACUCAUUCACCUCGGCGCCGAUGACUUACUGGCCAAGUUUUGGCCAUUGGAGAAGGCCAACCUAAAGGCUACUACGGUGGUGGCAGACCCAAAUGCUCGUGGGCAAAGGAAUAGCACAUUGGCGUGGUUCUGGUCCAUUGAUGUUCAAGGAGAUUCCACCAGCAAUGACUGGAUGAAUGAAUUUUACCGUGUCCAUUGGCUUAGAACGCUGGCACUGCGUGAUAGAUGGGCAGAGGAGCUCCUGCUGGUCGGUCGGGAAAUGAUAUGGGUGGUUGAUUUUUUUCUUCACAAAUCACAACGAUGGGUCGGCCGAAUGCAAGAGGCCGAUGCAAACCAGAAGGUCGGUCAUUGGUGCUAUGCGGUCCACCAGGCUCAAAUUUAUCUCCAACUCUCACAGCAAGCCCAAGAUAGCUUUGAAAGGACAAAGGGGAUGGCGAGGGUGGCAGAGUGGACCGGGGUCUACAGUGCCACAACCGCAUUCGGGUGGUGGUAA